AUGUCUUUGUUCAUCAAUGGCAAGAUCCUUUCAAGGACCGUCGCCAGUUUGGCAGAUGAGCCCACCUUUGCGGAAAGCAUGUAUGUCAAGAACGGUAUUAUCGAGGCUAUCGGUACAAAGGAGCAUGUCGCAGCCCAAAUCAAAUCCCAAGAUGUCGUCGAAACCCAGGACUUGAAUGGAAGGACAGUCCUGCCAGGUUUCGUGGAUGGCCAUAUGCAUCUUCUCCUGCUUGGCCAAUCUCUUCGCAAAAUUGCUCUGGAGCACUGCAAGACUCUGGAUGAUAUCCUCCACGAACUCCGAACCUACGCAAAAGCCAAUCCGGAUGUUCCGAGAAUCAUGGCAAAGGGAUGGAUGCACUCCAUGACUCCCGACGGCGUAACCGCCAAGAUUCUGGAUGAGAUUGACGAGAGGCCGAUAUAUGUCGAUACCAAGGAUAUGCACUCGACGUGGUGCAAUACUGCUGGUCUAGCAGAGAUGAAAGUCGCUGAUAUGGCUGACCCGCCUGGUGGCAUUAUUGAGAGGGAUGAGAAUGGUCGUCCGUCGGGUGUUUUGAGUGAAGCGAUGAUCUUGACUGUUGUUUGGCCCACGCUUGCGCAGCUGGCGUCGAAUGAGGAGCGGAUUGAGUGUAUGCUUGCUGCUUUCCAAGCGUAUCAUGCUUCUGGAUACACAGGCAUCAUUGAGAUGGCCAUGGACGAGUACGCAUGGGAGUCGCUUGUUGAGUUGAAGAGACGACACCCUGAUGUCGCUAUGCGAGUAAAUGCGUAUUGGAUCGUCAAGCCUGCAGAUACUCUCGAAGAGCGCCAGCGACAAGUAUCUCGCGCAAUCGAGCUAGCAAAACAAUACAGCAAGGAGAACUCUCCUGAUCUCCGCAUUGCGGGUAUCAAGAUCAUCUGCGACGGCAUCAUCGACGCUUGCACAGCAUAUCUGUCCGAACCAUACACAACAGCCUCUUCACCACCUCCUUUCUGGUCAAGAGAAGAUCUCGAGCCAGUCGUCAAACAAGCCUCUGAUGCCGGAAUCCAAAUCGCUCUUCACGCUAUUGGUGACGCGGCCAUUACCAUGGCAGUAGACAUGCUCGAGAAGUACGGCAAGCCUGGUGCGCGACACAGAAUUGAGCACCUCGAGGUUUCCAAGCCGGAAGAUGCCAAGAGACUGGGUAAACUGGGUCUCACAGCAUCUAUUCAACCUGUCCACGCCGAUCCAGCUAUCCUUCGCGCUUGGCCUCGUCUCAUCGCAGACCGUCGCGAUCGCGCCUUCGCAUACCGUGAGUUCGCCGACUCAGGCGCCCUCCUCGCCUUAGGAAGCGACAGUCCCACCGCGCCAUGGAAUCCUCUUCACAACAUCUAUGUCGCGGCGACACGCCGUUCCGCUCGCGAACCAGAGUGCGAGGAAGUUGUAAAUGAGCACUUCAAGCUUGGAGUGUGUGAAGCAGUGGUUGCUGGCUCGCAAGGUGCUGCGAAGAGUGUAUUUCAGGACGAUCGUGUUGGUAGCUUGGAGGUGGGCAAGAUUGCGGAUCUCGUUGUGGCGGAUAUGGAGUGGGAUGCCAAGACUUUGCUCAAGGCGGAGAUUCAGGAGACAUGGUUUGCUGGUAAGAAGGUUUGGAGUUUAUGA